AUGGAUUCUCAUUCUCAUUCUCAUUCUCCUUCUCUCUCUGCUUCUUUUCCAUUCUCUGCUAAAAUCUCGCCUGAGAACGACGAGAACGACGCAAGUACGACCGAUCCUCAGCUUCCUCUGUUAAACCUCUCGAUGCUUCAACAAAGAGUGGAUUUUCUUCAACAAUUUCUCUAUCAAAAUGUUCAAAGAAAUACUUUGAUUUGCAGAGAUCAGAUGGAUUUGGUUUCUAACGAAAUCGACUCUGUAAUCCAACAAGUAAUCCUUAACGGAAUUUCUCUACUCGCCUGUUACCAGCAAGAAGCCCCAAUUUUACAAGAAGAUUUGAAGCCGCCUCAUCCUGAUCCUGACGUUCCAAAAGCUGCUUUAAUUGCUUCUUCUUCUUCUUCUUCUUCGAUUGAGAUCUCCGAUAAGAAAAAGAGAGUGAAGGAUGAGAUUGACGAUGGCGAUUACGAUAUUGUCGAAUUAGACGCAGUGGAGUUGCUGGCAGUGAACAUACAUCGUUGCGAGAUCUGCGGGAAGGGAUUCAAGCGAGAUGCUAAUCUUAGGAUGCAUAAGCGUGCGCAUGGAAACCAGUUUAAGACCUUAGAGGCUCUGACGAGACCGGACAGGAAGGAAAGAGGUUAUCUGAGGACGAAAACCAGAUUCUCCUGCCCUUUUAAUGGAUGUACUCGCAACAAAUCGCACGGAUCAUUCAAACCGUUGAAAUCGGCUAUUUGUUUGAAGAAUCAUUUCAAGAGGAGCCAUUGUCCGAAGCUAUUCUCAUGCAAUCGCUGCAACAAGAAGAGCUUUUCUGUGGUGUCUGAUCUCAAGAGCCACCAGAAACACUGCGGGAAGUUGAAGUGGAGGUGUUCUUGUGGUUGGAGUUUCCCUAGGAAAGACAAAUUGUUCGGCCAUAUGGCACUCUUCGAAGGUCACAUGCCUGCUUUUGUUGCAGAAGAAGACGCAGAAUCAAAAAGAGCAGCAAGGAAGGAAGAUGAUGAUGAGGAAUUAGAAGAUCAUUACGAUGAAGAAGAGAUGGAAGAGGUAAAACCAAACCCUAAUUAUUCAAGAGAUGAUACGAUGCUAUUGGAUGGAAUGCUUCAACUUGAAAGCUUCGGUGGGAUUAUUGGAGGGCAAUGUUUAAGUUCAAACACUCCUAGUUCGGUGGCUGAUCAGUUUCAAGAUAUUUGGUGGUCAGGUCCAUGAAGAAGAUUGGUUUGUACUUUUGUUUGUAAUCGUUUGAUCUGUAUAGUGUAA